AUGGCAUUAAAGAAGCAAAUCUCAACAGACUCGCUGGGCAAAACCAAAAGCAGAAUUGCGACUACACCAGUAGAUCGUCUGCGAGUAGCGAAGCAACAACUCCCGUGCUCCAACAACGCGCAAACAAAGUUGCAUACCAUGUUCGAGGAAAUGAUGCAAGAGCUUGAAGAUACAAAGAACAAACUUGAGACAACUGAGGAAGAGCUAGAAUCUACUAAGAAUGAACUGGAAUCGACUCAGAAUGAGCUGAACGAGACCAGGGAAGAGCUGGAGUCAAGUCAGGACGAACUGAACACGACAAAGGAUGAGCUGGACGAGACCAAAGAAGAGCUGAGUGCGGCAAACCUUCUAGCUCAAAACAACCAUAACUCCUGGAAGACCGCACACGACGACCUCCGACGGACCAAGAGCAAAUUGAAGUCGCAGAAGCAGACAAACGAUGACCUAGAAAACCAAUUGGCGUUCGAGAGAAGGAAGGCAAAGAAGAACGAUGCUGCCCAGAAAAAGCUCGAGCAGCUCAAGAGCCAGUGGUCGUCACUUUCACAUAUGCUCGGUAAUGAAGACACCAAACUCUAG